CGAGUGGGCACCCGUGCCUUGUGGGGAAGGAGCGGGGUGGCUGGGGGCGUCGGCUCCGGAAGUGUGAUUUGCGCCGCACUGGCCUCAGGCAAACCCACAAACUUCUGGACCCUCUCAAGUGUCCCAACACAGGGUCGGCUGGAGAGAUGUGGUGCACCAUCCUCCCUCCUUCCACUGCGUCCCCUGGCCCACCGUCCACACCUUUCUUUGCCUUCACAGAAAGAGCCACAGCUCCUUGGUUAGGAACUGAGGGGUGACCCCUAACCUGGAACCUCAGAAUUGGUUGUACUCUGAGCCUCGGUCUCAGACGAGGCCCGAUAAUGUAGAAUGAGGACACAGGAUGGGAUCCUUAUGGAGGGAGUUGGGGACAAGGUCUGGAAAAGCCAGCCCUGCCCCGGCCACCUUCCCUGGAGCUGUGAGAGCAGACUCCUGCCUGUCCAGUAAGCAAGCAGAUCCUGGAGCCAGAGGAAGGAGGCCUGGCCUAAGGCUACAGAUGAGCCCUGCUGGAAAGGGACACAGUCGGAUUCUAGGGGGGGCUCCAUUGGCCUCCCUUCUGGAACCCCUUGUUCCUGGAUGCCCCUGACCUAGUUUGUCACAUGAGCGUCUGCUCCCCACUUCAUCCAUCUGGGGAGAUCUGCACCCAAAGCCUUCCAGUUACACCCAAGCCUGAGCUUCAGGAGCUCAGACUUGCCUGUUGAAACACAGGUUUCAGGGCCUGGCACCCAGGUCCAGAGGCGCCACGGCAAAGCAGCCCUUGUUCUGGCUCUUUACCAGGACCCUUGCCCUCUUCCCUCUGCCCCACAGGCUAUGCACUUGGCCACCAGCCUCCCUCUGUCCUGCCAGGACCUCCAACUGUGGUACAAGGCCUUCCAAGUCAGGCUAAAGUUGACAAGUUGUGCAUUCCUAAAGGGAAGGCUUCCUGGAAUUUGAACCAACAUUGGAAAGCCUUUCUGCUGCUCUCACAGACCUCCAGUGAGAAGCUCCUGUGGCCUUCCUCUCCAUCCACAGAGGAACAGAGAGGGGCAGCUGCUUGCCCAUGGGCACACAGCACGCUAGAGCAGGGCUGAGCAGGAGUCCAGGCUUUGUGCUCCCAGCACCUCACGUCCCUUUUAGUCUGGGGUGGGGAUCCACUCCCUGCCCUGUUUUCAGCCGACUUUCACGUGACCCCAGCUGCUCUUGGCUAAUGCUGAAAUGGGCCCUGGGGACACUGAAAUGCAGGAACAGGAGUAAGGCAAGGGGCAGGGGUGUGGGGGAGAAGGCGCUCAGACAGACAGGCCCUCCUAAGACUGAACACAUGUCUUCCCUUCCUGUGUGGCCUAGCGAGCUACAGGUCUCCGGCAGUCCCAGUCCCUACCACCCCACCCACCCUCCUCAGCUCUAGAGCGAGGUUGAAGCCCCACAGGCACGGGCAGCCAUGGCGCCUGAGGAGAAGCUGGACCCAAUUCCUGACAACUUUAUCCUUCAGCCACCUGCCUUCCAUCCGGUGGUUCCGUAUGUGACAACCAUUUUUGGUGGCCUGCAUGCAGGCAAGAUGGUCGUGCUGCAGGGAGCAGUCCCCAGAGAUGCACGCAGGUUUCAGGUAGACUUCCAGUGCAGCUGCAGUCUGGACCCACGGCCAGACAUCGCUGUCCACUUCAACCCUCGCUUCCAUACCACCAGACCCCACGUCAUCUGCAACACCCUGCAUGGAGGAUACUGGCAGAUGGAGACCCGGUGGCCUGGGCUGGCCCUGCAGAGAGGGGCCAGCUUCCUCCUUCUCUUCCUCUUUGGGAAUGAGGAGGUGAAGGUGAGUGUCAAUGGACAGCACUUCCUCCACUACCGUUACCGGCUCCCACUGUCUCGAGUGGACACCCUGGGUAUAUUUGGAGACAUCUCAGUGCAAGCCGUUGGAUUCCUGAACAUCAGCCCAUUUGCAGAAGGCAGCAGAGAGUAUCCGACUGGACACCCCUUCCUGCUUCAGAGUCCUGAGCUGGAGCUGCCCUGCUCACGUACCCUUCCUCAGGGACUCUGGCCUGGACAGGUCAUCAUAGUUCGGGGGCUGGUCUUGCAAGAACCAAAGACCUUCACGCUAAGCCUGAGGGACGAGGCUGCCCAUACACAAGUGAUGCUCAGGGCCUGCUUCAUGGACCGGACACUGGCCUGGGUCUCUCCCUGGGGACGCAAGACACUGAUCUCAGCGCCUUUCCUCUUUCACCCCCAGCGAUUCUUUGAGGUGCUGCUCCUAUGCCAGGAAGGGGAGCUGAAGCUGGCACUCAAUGGACAGGGUCUGGGGGCCACAAGCCUGAGCCAGCAGAGCCUGGAAAGAUUGCGGGAGCUACAGGUCAGAGGAAACAUCCAGCUGUACUGCAUCCACUGCUGAGGCGCUCAGGGUAGCGCAGCCCAGAAGAGGAAGCCAGCCUGCACCAGGGCCUCACAGUGUGACACCCACCUGCACCCCGUGUAGGCCUCAUUCUCUUCCGUGGCCACACCUUGGGUCUGCACCAGCCAGGGCGCUAACACUGCACUCCCCCAACCCAGAAUUAGAAUUUGCCCUGACUUCCCUCAGGGCCGCACUGGCCCCAUGGGGCAGGAUGUGGAGCUUAAUGAAGUUUCUCAGAAGUACAGGGACCUCAAGACUCAGGCCUCGGGAUAUAACUCAGUAGCACAGUGCAUGUCUGGCAAACAUAAGAUCCUGAGUUCAAUUCCUGGUACCAAAAAAAGAGAGAACUUGGACAUUUGCUCCAUUCUUACCCAGCAGCUCAGAAAAACUGACCCAGGCCAGUGAGGCACUUGCCCCCACACACACCAUCACACAGACUCCAUUUUUGUCAUCCGCCCUCCCCAGGACCCAGCAGCAGCAGGACUGGAGUUCGCGAUCUCGUGAAACCUGGGCUGGGCCCACCAUGCACUAUCCUCACUCAUUCCAUCAGCUUCUGUCUGCGACACAAGCCAAGGCUAUGCACAGGGUUUCUCCAGCACAAGUCUCAGGGUCACACAGGGUCUACUGUUACACAGUAACAGCAGGCAGGAGAAGGAAAAGGAGGCUUGUCCUGCCCUGCAGCACAGGCACACAGCCAGUCUGCAUUUCCUCCACCUGCCACACAGGCACCGCAGGUCCCCCUAGAUUACCGUGUGGCCCAUGUGUGUCCUGGCCUGUGCCACCCCCGUUCAUGUGGGUUCACUCUAUGAUGUACGCACAACAAUGGAAUUGCCAAACAGUACAUUUUUAGAAUUUACCCACCACUGAGUGAUAUAUAAAGGAAACACUAGAGAAACCGAACCUAUAUGAUGGGAUAGCUGAAAUGAGUAUUUUUAAACUUUGUACCCCACAAGCAGAGAGCAGUAGUCUUCACUUAUCCAUUUACCAACAUUGAUCUAUCACGGAGAGACAGUAAAUUCCCUGGAGUAGAAAUUUCAUAGCAAAUCACCCUCGCUAUAGCCCACAGAACCUGAACAUCAGUGAGAGGGGUAACUGAAUAGUGACCACUGGAAACCAAGGCACUGGGUUCUGGACAGGAUCCGGGCCAAGGAGGAGCCAACAUGUGCUGAAUGCAUCAGGAGCUGCAGACUGUAGGCCAGAGCAAAAGGAAGGCUACAAGCAGCUCUGCCCCCGGGGCUAUCGGUGAGCUGGGAGCAAGGUCUGUGCCGCUGCUGCUGCUGCUAUGCCUGGACACACUUAGGACUGGUGCUAUACAAAAAAAAAAAAAAAAAAUUAACAGACCAAACCUAAGGCAGCUGCUCUUAGAAAUACCUGCUUAGAAGUCUGGCUUUGUGCCCCCCGAGAUCGGACCAUGGAAAAACUUAGGCGACUGAGCAAGAAAGCAAUUCACCUCCCUUCUUGGUAAGCGUCCCUGGCACAAGCCAGGAGGAGACCAGUCAGUGUCUCCCGUGAGCCUACCGGCACUUGGGCUGAGAAUCAAACAUUCCAGCCCUCCUCCUACACAUACACACCCUGUUAGCAAUUGAGGGCAGAGGUCUGAGCGUCUCUUGGGAGGAUGACUGUAAGCAAUAUAGCAAGUGUGGGGAAUUUCCUUCUAUCUUCUGUUUGAAGGCAAAUGUUGUUUUCACUGUUUUACUUUGUUCUGGUUAAUUGUUUUGCUCUAUUCUCUAUUCUCUUUCAAUUGGUUUUCUAAUGUUCUGUUUCUGGUUUGAUUGCGCCAUACCUAAUUGAAUAGACAACUACUGUGAAAAUAAUGUGAUAUACUAUAGUACCUAUUACUGUUAUCCCGGUACCCUGCUGUGAAGUUCUAUACUAAUUUCACUACAUUGUCUUGAUUUGCCUUGUUCUGUCUUGUUCUGUUGUAUUUUACUACCUUCAAAAUAAAAUAAAAAUAAAGAA